GAGGAAUUAAGGUGGCGGGGGGCGGGGACGAGGGAUGUUGAAAUGGGUUCACACAUGAUGGAACCAGAUGACUUAGCAACGUAUGCUAAAAUAUUUAGACAUGGACAAAAUGAUUCAUCAAUUUGCAUGUCAAUUGGCAAAAUUCAAUCCAAAGGUUCCAUCUUAUUCCAUAACGCGAACCCAUUAGAUUACUCUGUUCCUCUCCUACUCUCUCAGCUCUCCUUGGCUUCCCUCUUCAUUCUUUUCACUUCUACCGUCUUCAAACCCCUCGGUCAACCAUCUAAUGUCAUUCAAAUUUUUGGUGGCUUACUACUAGGUCCGUCCUUUCUAGGACGAAUUGAUGGAUUCAUACAACUUUUCUAUCCUUACAGAAGUCUGGUAGUUAUCGAUGCUGUUGCAUUAUUUGGUUAUAUGUUCUUCUUCUUCUUGAUUGGAGUGCAAAUAGAUCCUUGGAUUCUCAAGAGAGUUGAGAAGAAAGAGUUCAUCAUUGGUGUAUCAACUGUAGCAACUGCUCUUGUGCUAAGCAUUAGUACCUCUUUUAUUCUCAUCACUUUUCAUAUACAUAUUGAUCCAUUAGUAGCUGAAUCACUCCCUGUAGUAGCUACCAUGUCUUCUGUACUCGGAUUCCCAGUCAUCGCCCACUAUCUCACCGAGCUUAGGAUGGUCAAUUCUGAUUUUGGAAGGAUGGCACUCUCUUGUUCACUUGUUAGUAACAUGUUUGGGUUUUUAAUCAUAGCUAUCACCAGCCUCUCAAGUCAACCAUCCGUCGAGAAAUUCAUGUUUCUACAAAGUAUUACUUCUGGUAUAGGCUUUACCAUGUUUGUAUUUCUUGUUGUGAGACCUCUAAUCAUAUGGAGCACGCGAAGAAAUCCAUCAGGAGAGCCAUUGAAACAAAGUUUCAUUUGUAUGGUAUUUAUUGGGGUCUUGCUUUCUGGAUUUUGCAGCAAGGCUUUAGGACUAAACCUCUUCUACGGGCCACUAGUUUACGGUCUAGCCAUACCUGCUGGACCACCACUAGGCUCUGCCCUCGUCGAGAAGCUUCAAUUCAUUGUUUCAUGGCUCUUUAUGCCCAUCUACUUUGUCAAAACAGGUUUGGUUACUGACAUAUUUUCUGUCAAACUGAAGAAUUAUUUGGUUCUGCAAUCGAUUAUUCUCGUUGCUUGUUUGGGGAAAUUCCUUGGAGCACUUAUCUCUUCAAUCUACAACCAAGUUUCCCUCCGAGAUGCAAUCUCAAUUGGCCUCGUAUCCAAUGUUCAAGGUGUUCUAGAGCUAGGCAUGUUUAAAAUGAUGAAGCAAAAUGAGGCAAUAGCGGAUGAAGCUUUUGUUGUGUUGUGCAUAUCCCUGUUAAUUGCAACAGCAAUCGUGACACCGAUACUGAAGUCCCUGUAUGAUCCACAUAAAAGAUAUGCAGCACACAAGAACAAGAAUAUCCAGCAUAUGAAGCCCCACUCUGAGCUUCGGGUGCUUACAUGUAUACAUGAUCAAGAAAAUGUUCCUUCCACAAUAAACUUGUUGGAAGCACUUCACCCGUCAAAUCAAAGCCAUAUGGAUAUCGCGAUGCUUCAUUUAAUAGAGAUGGUUGGUCGUGCACAUCCUCUUCUCAUAAACCACAAACUCCCAUUAAUGAUGAAGCACACAAACGAGGCAUCAGCUUCAAAAAGAAUCAUCAAUGCUUUUAAAGUGUUUGAGAAGAACUUCUGUGAGACAGUAACCAUGCAUCCUUUUACAGCUAUAUCUCCUUAUGUAAUGAUGCAUGAUGAAGUUUGCACAAUGGCGCUUGAAAGGAGGGCAUCUCUCGUAAUGAUUCCUUUCCACAAGAGGUUAACAAGUAGUACUUCUUCUUCCGUGAAUCAGAAGAGGGCAUCGAAGAUGGGGAUUAAGACUAUGAAUGACAAGAUCCUUCAGACAACACCUUGUUCAGUUGCAAUAAUUGUAGACAGGUCACUUGUCAACACAUCAAGGCCAAUACUAGACGCGUGGUCAUUGUACCGUGUUGGUGUACUUUUCUUGGGAGGACCAGAUGAUAGGGAAGCACUAGCUCUGGGUGAGCGUAUGGCUGGUAAACAAAACAUUAGCCUGACAAUAGUGCGGUUAGUACUCCUUCAUGAAAGUGGUAAUUACAGCAAUAACAACACAAGUAGUAGCGAUUAUGAGACGAUACAGAAGAUGAUGGACAAUGAAAUGUUAAGUGAAGCAAGGAGCGAUAUGGCAGGAAAUUAUCGUGUCAAGUAUGUGGAGAAGUUGAUAAGAGAUGGAACAGGUACAGCUGCUGUAAUGCGAUCCAUGGAAGAUGAAUACGAACUAAUCAUUGUUGGGAGACGUCAUGACUCACAAUCUCCUCUAUUACUUGGUCUUUCUGAUUGGGUUGAAGAGUCUGAAUUAGGCCCUGUAGGAGACAUGUUUGCUUUAGCAGAUUCACAAAGUAACUCCACAAUAUUAGUUGUGCAACAACACAAUGGAGGAUGA